AUGAUACGACCUCCCACCUUACUCUUCAUCUUGUUCUUUACAAUACUUGUAGCAAUAGGUUGCCUCAUAUCCUCACAACCUGUGGAGGCUCAACUUCAGCUCAAUAACAUUACCUUCAAAAUAGGAGAGGUAAAAACCGUCCGAACCACAUGGCCCUCCACGAUGGACGAAGUUCUUGAUGGUGCCAAAUGGAUUGAGUAUGCAAUCUUUAUCGGAAUUAUUGCCAUCAUACCUCUCAUCAUUGGUUUGUUCGGUUACUUUUCCCUCACUCUCUUUUGCUGUUUUCGAUGUUGUGGUUUGUGUGGUGGCAACAAACCUAAGGAAAUUUACACCACCAAAGAUUUAAUAAUUCCUACCAUUGUAGUUUUGCUUGUGUAUGGUGGCUUUGUGGCAUUGGCUGGUGUUGGUAUUGGAUUUAGUGCUCAAGCUUCCUCAGACGUACGAACCAUGAUCACAGCCACCUUAAAGUUCAUGAGCUCCACCAAUAAUACCAUAAUGGGAAUUGCAAAUAUUGGUGAAGCUAUUACAUCGAAAUUCGCUCAAGUUCCUGACAAGUUGACUCCACUACUGGAUCAAGCAGUGCAACAGACGACACCUCUCGAUACCAUUUCUUCAUUGAUUGCAACCACACGUAAUCAAUUCAGUCAAUUCAAUUCAGCAAUAGUUCCUGAUAUUUCUUUGAGAAUUUCCAACAUUAACUCAAACCUCUCAGUGUUGCAGUCUCAAUUCAGUGGUCUUCCAACUCUCUCUGAAGUACCGGACAUUUCUCCUGCUGUCUCAACGAGUUUGACGGAUCUUGAUACAGCACAAACCACCGUUUCCAACGCCAAAUCUACCGUAACAAGUAGCAUUCAAAAUGUGAAGAGUGUCAUCAACUCGACAUUGGUCGAUAACUUGACGCCUAUUAUCGGUCCAACUUUUACCGGAGUGAAGAGUCAAAUCAUGACUAUACAGGCUCAAAUCUCACCUUAUUUGAAUGACAAAAUUAUUGAGCAAGCAACUCAAUAUACCUCAAUUGCAGAGAAUGUGCGUAUUGCUCUGAGUGUCGUCUUCUUUGCUUGGUGUUGCAUCAUUUACAUUUUUGUCUUUUUGGGUCUCAUUUUCAGAAAGUCGUUCCUCAUUCAAACCACAAGCUGGUUAGCUUUCAUCACUGCUUGGAUAUUCUACAUUUUUGCAUUUGUUCAGAUACCAUUGUACUUGAUUAUUACAGAUGCUUGUACAAAGGGUCCCAAAACAUUAGGCAUGCUCGGUGAUGGAUUACUAGACCAAAUCAAUGCUGCAAGUAGUAUCAAAUUCCAAAAUGCUUCGCUCAUGAUUAAAGGAAUAGCCACUUGCGCAAAGAACAAUUCCCUUGUGACUGUUCUCUUGGGAAAUGAUUAUCUCAAAGGUUUAGGAAUUGAAAACUCUCUCUCGGGUGUCACUGGCAGCUUCUCAAGUUCCAUCUCAUCCAUGAAUAUCAGCUCCUAUACGAGCUCAGUGGAUGCUGUGAUUGCAAGUGCCAAUACAGGGUCCAUCAAAACAGACCAUACCUCAAGUCUUGCAAGUGUUAGAACCAAAUUAUUGAGUGCUACCAACACUCUGAGUAGCUUGGAUGGAUUCCAAGGAUUCAACACGUCAACCUAUAAUCAAGCAUUGACUGAUUUCAACGCCUUCACACAGCAACAUGCUGGACGUACAUAUACCUAUGAUAAUUUUGAAUCAUUUGAUCCUUCUUCAUUGUCUUCUCCUUAUAACACUCAAGGCCAAAAUCUCAAAGAUGCAUUAAGUACUCAAAAGAACAAGUAUACAGCUGCCUUAGCAGAUGUCACCAAGUUCAAUAAUUCUGUGAAAGCGAUCAAUAGUAACUUGGAUGGAUUGCAACAAGAUUUUUCAUUGGCCAGUAAUGGUAUUGUACCGUCUUUGACAUCACUGGCUCAAAACGUUGCAAUACAAAUUCAAACCAUGACAUCAAAUAUUCAGACAUAUAUCCAUAAUUUCCCCAAUACCGCUCUCACUUUCAUCAUGAGUCUUGCAGAUCAGUUAAUUAAUGAAUUUGCGGUUGAGUAUGUUCCGUGUGAAUUUAUUGGAUCCUUCAUUACCACUGUGGACAACAGUGUUUGCAAAGGACUGAAUUUCCAAUUAGUGGUGACAGGUGCUGUUUGUUUCGGAAUUGGUGUGUUGAUGCAUUUGGGUGGGUUUGUCACAAUCGUAUUAGCCAAGAGAAUUCGAUACCAAGGAUCAAAGAGAAUUAAUCCUAGCGUGCAAGAUUAA